ACACUAAAUGUCCUUUGAUAACAAACACUAAAAGAAGAAAAUUCAUUGUCCAUAUGAAGCGAACAGGACAUAGCUAACGUCCUGUUAGCAUAACAGGCUAAUAGCAGCUAGCCCACAAUCCGUCUUUGUUGUCCGUCUUGUGAUGUUUUGUGGAAAACUUUCAAAGGUUUUUAAGCGAAUAAUUUGUUCUUGCGUCCUUAAUUGUGUCAUACUUUUCCUCGUCAUUUUCCAUGUUAAAUAACUUGCUCCAACUUGAGUUGUUUCUUGGCGGAGUCGACGAUGUGAUGGCCCCCACGUCAAUGAAGCUGCGCGUACGUCGCUGUGACGCCAAAAAUGGCAGUAGCACCAGCGGGCAGCAGGAGGAAGAGGACAGGAGCCGAGGGAGCGGCAGUAGAAGUCGCAGGAAGAAGAAGACCAACAACACUCGGGGUAUGCAGGCUGCCGCUUCUCCUCCUGCCUCCUCCUCUUCCUCUGCGUCGGCCCGAGCCCCUCUGGGUUCGGAGGAGGCAUCGCCUGACUCCAAGUGUCCCAUUUGCCUGGACCGCUUCAAUAACAUGGCGUACUUGGACCGCUGCCUGCACCGGUUCUGCUUCCCAUGCAUCCAGGAGUGGUCGCACAACAAGGCCGAGUGUCCACUCUGCAAGCAGCCUUUCGCCUCCAUCUUGCACUCAGUGCGUGGCCAUGAUGACUUCAAAGAGUACACGCUGCGUCCUGUCCCCCCAAGCAGCAGUGUUGCUGCCACGGUGGCCAUGGUGGCGGCCAUGGCAUCAGCAGCAAGGAAUGACCAGCAGAUGAGGCUUUUGCUGAGGAGGCACAGAGUCGCUGAUGGCACAGAAAGCACCGCCAGGAGGCGGAGGAGGGAGGAGGAACGUGGGGUGUGGGAGUGGUAUCUGGAUGUCCCACCUCUUUCUCUCCCUCCUCAUGAUGCAGACGCUGAUGGCGAGCAGCACCUGAGGGGUGCAACCAACCUGGUGGAGCACGGUGUCAUAUUUGAAGGCCUCUCAGGCCUGGGGGGUCCUGGAGCAGGCGCCCCCCCUAAUGACAGGGCAUCACGGCGGCUCAUGACCCGAUUGUCGGCGAGGCUACGUCUUCAGCGAGAAGGUGGGGUCCUGCGACGCCUCAGGGAGCGGGAGGCAGUGGCCUUUCGCCGCGCCCUCUACCGCUGCAGCGUACGUGUACACGGUGUGGCCGGCAUCGGUAGGACCGAGGAGCAGCGUGAUAUCACAGUUGACAGCUUCCGGCGGGACCCCGCCCAACUGAACAGACUACGCCCCUGGCUGCGCCGUGAGCUCACGGUGCUGUACGGUGCACACAGCUCACUUGUGGACUUUGUCCAGAACAUCAUCAUGGCAAGACUCGCUCGCCAUGGCUUGGAGGACACGGCAACUAUCGAGGAAGAGCUGCGACCAUUCCUGUUGUCCCGAACAGAGCACUUCCUCCACGAGCUGGUCAGUUUUGCCCGCUCGCCACUCACCCUGGACAACUACGACCUGCAGGCCGUGUACGAGCCGCCACCUGGUGCCAUGGAGCUGGACGCAUCAAGCGGUGGCUCCGCCAACAGCUCCAUCAUCGCCAUCUCUGAAGGGGAGGAGGCUGAAGAGGAGGACAAUCACCAUGAUGUAAUCCCAGACGGAAGUUGUCUCAGCCUGUCAGCCUGGGACGACGAGACGCCGGGCCCCUCCUACUCUACUGCAGAGGCUUUAAGCCCCGUCCCACAGGAGGCAGCCAAUGAGGAGGAGGGCGAGUGCAUGAUUGUAGGAUACAAGAAGCCGAUGGCCGAGCGCACGCCUGAACUCGUUCAGCUAUCAUCUGACACAGAAGGGGAGGAGCUCCAGAAGACUUCGGCCUUCUCCUUACCACCCACAAUUCCUCCCUCCACCUCAACCGCAAUCAAGGCGAAAGACACCGAGGUGGGCGAAGCUUGCUUCUCAGGCUCGUGCAGCUCGGUGUGCACACUCAGUCCACCCCCCACUGCCAAUUGUACCAGGAAAAGGAGGAGGAGGAGGAGAGGGCGAGGUCCAAGCGGCAUCUCAGCCAAUCCCAAUCGCUGCAUUUAUCCUGCCAUGAUGUGCUCCCCUUUGCGGUCCAGCCUAGAGUCCACCUCGCCGCUCCCUGCUAGUGCGGCAGACUCUGCUUCGGAAUACUGCUCCUCACAAGACUCCUGUCUCACCACUUCAUCCUCUUCCUCCUUCUGCUCCUCCCCACUGCCGACAUCGCCUCUCACGCCAUCGCGCUCUCACAGAGAGAAGCCCGGCGGGAAGCGGAAGUACAAGAGCCGACACCUCGACCGCCAGACGGACCCCAGCUGGAAGCCACGAGGGAGGAGGAGCAAAAGGAGGAGGCAUGGCAGACCAAAGAUGAGCAGCAGACGCAGUCCCAGCGUGGAGAUAGUCUAUGAGGGUGCCGCUCCCCCUGGUGCCACCCACAAACGCUACCGCAAGACGCAGCAGCACAACAGGCCGCCGCCCAUCAUUACGCUGGACAGCGACAGCAGUCCACCAAGUGGCCAGCACGACAACUUGGAACAUCUUCCACCUCUCUCAUUGGUACGCUUGGCCAGUUUGGGCAUGGCCACUGCUGCUGACAUCGGAGAACUUCCUGUGGACAUCCUAGACGGAGGAUCGGACCGGUCUGAGGAGCCAUCCUUUCAUGAAGGCGCAGCAGGAGGAGAAAGGAGGCUAAAAAGCGUGAAGGCAGCAUGCGGCGGAGGAGAAAAGGAUGCUCUGACUUACCAGGCCCGCCAGGAGGAGGAGGAGGAGGAGGAGGAGAGGAGGAAGGAGAGGAGGAAGAGGAGGACCGAGAAGAAGAAGAAGAAGAAAAAGAAGAAGAUGAAGGAGGAGAAGAAAGAGAAGGAGGAGAAGAAAGAGAAGGAGGAGAAAGAGGAGAAGAAGGAGGCAGUUGUGCAAGAGAUCACAGUCAUGGACCCAGCGGGGAACACAUACUAUCACUGGCUGUUCAUCAUCACCAUUCCCGUCAUGUACAACUGGACCGUCAUCAUUGCCAGGGCAUGCUUUGAGGAGCUGCAGAUGGACUACGUGCUCUACUGGUUCCUUUUGGACUUUUUUUGCGAUUUUCUGUACCUCGCUGACAUGGUCUUCAGAACCAGGACGGGCUACCUGGAACAGGGCCUUCUGGUGAAGGAUCAGCUGAAACUGCAUGAGCGUUACACGAAGAGCUUACAGUUCAAACUGGACCUGGCCUCCAUGAUCCCAACCGAUGUUCUGUAUGCCGUGCUGGGCCUCAACUACCCCGAGAUCCGCCUCAACAAGCUGCUGAGGUUCAACAGGAUGCUCGAGUUCUUCCAGCGGACCGAGACCAGAACCAACUACCCCAAUGCACUGCGGAUCUCUAACCUGGUCAUGUACAUCCUCAUCAUCAUCCACUGGAAUGCCUGCCUCUACUACUCCUUCUCCAAGGCCAUCGGUUUUGGCUCAGACAGAUUUGUAUAUCCUGACCCGGCGGAUCCGGAGUUCGGGCGCCUGGUGAGGAAGUACGCCUACAGCAUGUACUGGUCCACACUGACGCUCACUACCAUCGGAGAGACUCCGCCCCCUGUGGAGAACUCAGAGUACUUCUUUGUGGUCACUGACUUUUUGGUGGGCGUGCUGAUCUUUGCCACCAUCGUGGGCAACGUGGGCUCCAUGAUCACCAACAUGAACGCCGCCCGCGCCGACUUCCAGGCCCGCAUUGACGCCAUCAAGCAGUACAUGAGCUUCCGCAAGGUAACCAAAGACCUGGAGAAGCGCGUCAUCAAGUGGUUCGACUUCCUGUGGACCAACAAGAAAGCGGUGGACGAACGGGAGGUGCUCAAGUUCCUUCCGGACAAACUGAGAGCGGAGAUCGCCAUCAACGUGCAUCUGGAUACGCUCAAGAAGGUGCGUAUCUUCGCCGACUGUGAGGCAGGGCUGCUGGUGGAGCUGGUGCUGAAGCUGCAGCCUCAGGUCUACAGUCCUGGAGACUACAUCUGCAAGAAGGGCGACAUCGGCCGUGAGAUGUACAUCAUCAAGGAGGGAAAGCUUGCCGUGGUGGCCGACGACGGCAUCAAACAGUUUGUGGUCCUCAGUGAUGGAAGCUACUUUGGCGAGAUCAGUAUUCUGGCCAUCAAAGGCAGCAAAGCAGGAAACAGACGGACGGCAAACAUCCGGAGCAUCGGUUACUCCGACCUCUUCUGCCUUUCCAAGGACGACCUGAUGGAGGCGUUGACCGAGUACCCUGAUGCCAAAGCCUUGCUGGAGGAGAAGGGGAGACAGAUCCUGAUGAAGGAUGGCCUGCUGGACCUGGAGGUGGCGGCGCAAGGUCCUGACCCCAAGGAGAUGGAGGAGAAGGUAGACUAUAUGGCCAGUACGCUGGACGUCCUGCAGACGCGCUACGCACGUCUGCUGGCCGAACAUGAAGCCACUCACAGCAAGCUCAAGCAUAGAGUCAGCAGACUGGAGAGGAAGCUGCCGCCACCCCACCCCACCCAGCCAGGGCAUGCCCCGCCCCCAACACCUGACACACAGUCCAGCAAAUGACAAACAAUAAUACGAUAUGUGAAUUUUGUUGAUGUUUGUUAGAGUGAGCCACAAUGGAGGGCUCGAGUCUAUGACAGACUAUGACUUUGUUAAGCUAAUUAGUAUACAGUAUUGUCACUUAUAUUGCUAGCUAGCGAAGACUUCUCCUCCAUGAGCUCACAGUGUAUGCAGUCUAGAGAUGUGCGAAUCAUCAACGAACCGUUGAGAACUCGCGAGUUUUUUCGGGAGGUACUCGUCUCUGUUAACUCGUUCACUUACUGUGCUACCUCUAGUUAAUAUUUAAAAAAGGAAACAUGUCAUUAAUUGUGAAAAUGUUACUCUCCUAACUGCAUUUGUAUAAAUGUAUUAGCCACGUGGAAAAAGCAA